CUCUACCAUAUUCGGGACUGUCCAUCUGGUGGGCCUAUGAUGGAUGGCCUAUCCUUCACAAAUCAAACCUAUCAGAAAAUCACUGUAAUAGGUUUCGUUCACUUGCACAGAAUCUCGACAAUCAAGCAUUUUCGUUUCCCACCAAUCGUUUUAAGACCAAGGAUUCAAUGGAUAGGAUCAUCAGAUCUAUGCUUAUUUUUUUACCAUCGAUCAUAAAAUGCAGGAGCAACGAGAUGGACAGUCCCGAUUGAUAAAUCCACCUGCCAGGUAUACUGUAAAGGGAUGGUUCUACCGUAUUCACGGAUCUGCUGGCUGUACUGUAUCAUCUCUGUUGAAUUACCAUUAUGCCCUUAACCCAUUCCCCAUCAACAGGGCUAUUUACGUAAUUCCCUUUAAAUACGAAUUAGGCUUUGUUUCCCUCCUAACAUCUAACAGAAAUCAAGAAACAGAGCAAAAGAAUAAAAAGAAAACAACAGAAAAUGAGAAAAUCCAAAGAAAACGAGAAUUCCGUUCUCAGAAGCUUCCAAGAGAGAAAGGAGAUGGAAAGAAGGUUCUCCAAGCUUCUCCUUCUCUUCGCCCUUGCCGUCUUCUCCACUGUUCUCAGGCGAAUUACGAUCCUACCCUCUGUCGAAGGCCAAUCGUCGGGAUCCCCUGUCUCCGCGUUCUUCAUCCUCGGGGACUCUUCCGUCAAUUGCGGUGAUAACUUCUUCUUCUACCCUUACCUACCUCGAAAUUCUUCGUCGUAUCUCUGCAAUACAUCCGAUCGACGGCUUAUACCGGAUUUUCUUGCUGAGAAAAUGGGAUUGCCGAUGGUCCCCUCAUUCUACAGUCAGAAUCGGACGCUCGAGGGCUUGUUGGGUGGUCUCAAUUUCGGGUCAUCUCCGGCCACGAUCAUGAAUUGGGGUGGGGCGAUCUACCAGGGCCUGAACCAGCAGCUGGGGCAGGCAUUCGAGACGCUCCAGCUUCUACAGCUGCAACUGGGCAUAGAGAAGGCCAGAGAGGUGGCCCAGUCAUCUCUCUUCUACCUAUCGAUCGGUAAAGAUGACUACAUCGAGUUCUUGCGCGAUCCGGACGGCAUCAGAGAACGACACGGCCCGCAUAAGUUCGCACGGAUGCUCGUGAAUCAGGUGACCCGGGUGGUGAAGGACCUUUACAAUGCAAACGUGAGGAAGAUCAUAUGCAUGGGAAUAGAGCCUUUGGGUUGCACCCCUCGCAGCCUAUGGCAAGCCUGCAAUGCCACCACUUGCGCCCACGAUCGCUGCAUUGACACGAUCAACGGUCUGAUCGUAGAGUAUAACACGAUGCUCUCGAUGGACCUCCUCGGCCUGAACCAGCAGUUGCCCAAUGCCCAGAUUGUCUUCUGCGAUCUCUACCGUGGGAUGAUGGCCAUGAUCAUGGACCCAAAGAGCUACGGAUUCGAUGAUGUGAGUAGCGCUUGCUGUGGUUUAGGUAGGUACGGUGGCAGGGUAGGCUGCGUUUCGCGACAGUUGGCAUGUGGCGAGCGUGCGAGACACGUGUGGUGGGACCUGUACAACCCUACUGAAGCUGCCAACCAACUGCUUGCGGAUUGGAUGUGGUCUGGGUCUUCACUGGACAUCUGCCAUCCAAUCACCGUCCAACAGCUGGCAUCCGCGCCAGCUCGGACGGUUGCCAGGACGCCAUGUCAUCAGUGACCCGAAUGUGGGCCUUUUCCGCCUCCUCUUUUGGUUGCUUGUAUCUUGACAGGGACAGCCUCCGUAGUGCCGUUGGUUUUUUUUUUUUCAGAGUCGUGCAAAUGGUUGGGGCCCACAUGAAGAGAUGGCCUCAGAAUAUCUGAACGGCGUACGUUAUGGUAACCAUUUUGAACGAUUUAUGCUCCAAUAACCUGGAGAAAGGAAAAUUCAUGACCGUUGAUUUGUGGGGUUUGAUGUCAACCAUUAAAGUUUUAUUUUCAAUGGUGAGAAUCAUCCGUU